AUGCGUUGCAUAUACAUAGCGAGUUUGAUCUGGGUUUUCGAAUUAUGUCUCCCUGCGAGGACGGCCACUUCCAAUUACCAAUAUGAAAAGGGCACCGAGUAUGAUAAAAACGUUAAGCCAGGAGCCCUCACCGAUGUAUCGGUGUCGCUGUACAUUAAUCGAAUAUCAGGCGUGGAUGAAAAUAAGGAAGAAAUAUCAUUCGAUGUCUUCCUUCAAAUCACCUGGGUAGAUACCCGAAUCCAGCCAGUAACCAGCAAUUCGACGGCAAACAAUUCGUGGGUAGGCGAAUACGUAGAACUGACGAAAGCCGAUCGAGACAUGAUAUGGGUUCCUGAUCUCUACAUACGACAGCUGCGGGAAAUGAAGAUGCUAACCUUGUUUGAAGAAAUAUCCAGUUUGCGUUUAUAUUUAAACAGCACCAUAAGUUUAAGCAUUGGAGCUACCAUCAUCAUAAAGUGUGACAUGGACUUUGUGCUUUACCCAUUGGACGUACAAAGAUGUCCUGUCGAUUUCAGCAGCUAUAAAUAUCCAGUAAAAGAUUUAAGGUUCCGCUGGCGAUCGGAAAAUGCGCUUUCUUUCCCGAAUGACUUUGGCGAUGGAUUUUUUCGGCUUCCAAAAUAUGUGGUUUCAUUUUACACCGAGCAGGAGUCACAGAUAGUCAAUUACAGCGAUGAUAAUCAUAGUUCAGCUAGAUUAGAGAUAACCCUAUCGAGGGAAGUAAAGAGUUACCUGUUGGAGAACUAUCUUCCAUCCACGUUAUUCGUUUCCAUAUCCUGGGGCUCCUUCGUCGUCGUUCCAGAAAUUGUUCCAGGACGGAUGGUGCUCCUAGUCACCACGCUGUUAUCAUUGAUCACGAUGUUCGAUACCGUGAGGAAUAACUCACCGGAUGCGUUGGAACUGAAGUGCCUUGAAGUGUGGCUCAUAUCCUGCACUUUGUUUGUGUUCUUUGCGCUAAUGGAGUACUUCAUCGUGCUGUUCGGAAUAAGAUACGACAAGCACUGGCGUGUGGCCAAAGCUCAGCACGCCUCAUCAAUACCCCCUUCCAUAACAUUGCAGUCGGCGGUGACGAUGGCUCAAAGCACGAUGGAUACGUCGAUAAACUCCGCUACGUUUCAACGCGAAAAUGGACUUGAGCAUAAUACUCUGAAAGUUUCUGGCAGCAACAAGGUUCAACCGCAAGAUCACAACAGCAAGACAACAUCGGCUUCGCUUAGUAAUAUACAAGACACUGUACAAAGCGCCCAGAAAGUGUCGUCUGUGAUGACACGGAAAAGGUUUCGCAACGUCGCAGAUGUAGCACUUCUUUACGCGGGCUCCCAGCGCGGUCGAUUGGAUCAGCUUUCUUUGAUUAUUUUCCCUCUCAGCUUCCUUAUAUUCACCAUUUCAUAUUGGACCAUGUAUUUAACUGAAUCUAAAAAAAAUUUCAAGUAA